AUGGUGUUAAAAAGUCUAGCACUUCAAAUAGAAACACUUCGUUAUCAGUAUGCAUUUGCUGUUCAGAAACAUGUAUUAGUGCCUUACAUGGAUGAGAUUUUUCAUGUAAAUCAGAUGCAAGAAUAUUGCAAAGGGAAUUAUUUAAAAUGGAAUGAUAAGAUCACUACUCCUCCUGGAAUGUACUGGAUACACUUGAUAAUACUUUGUGCUAUACCGGAUAUAAUAAAUAGAUGUGAUUUAUCAAUUUUUAGGAUGUUAAAUACUAUAACAGGAAGUUUUUGUGGAUUAUGUUUUGCUAAAGUUAUAACAUAUUUUCGGGAAAAUGAGUCAACAGAGAUGGAUGAAGUAGAAGGGAUAAUACUAGCUCAAUUUCCAUUAUUAUAUUUCCAUUCCUUUUUAUAUUAUACUGAUGUUUUAUCUAUAUUUGUUGUAUUUUUAUCACUAUUUUUGGCAUUAAGAAAACAGUAUAAAACAAGCGCUAUAGUUUCAUUUUUUUCAUUGACAAUUAGACAGACGAAUAUUAUAUGGGUUUUAUUUUUAAUUGGAAUUUCUAUUUUUCCUCUCAAUAGAUCUAUAAGAUCAAGUGAGCAGGAACUUAUGGUAUAUGAUGUGCCAGCAUUGUAUUUGAGGGAAAGGGUUAUUAAUAUAAAAGACUAUGUUUGCUUUAUUAAGUCGUUGUAUCGUUUUUUGUUUCAACAAUACAAGCAAAUAAUAGAAGUUAUAUGGCCAUACAUUAUUGUGGUAUUUUUAUUUGCAGUAUUUCUUCUUUAUAAUAGAGGGGUUGUUCUAGGCGAUAAGACAAAUCACACUAUUAAGAUACAUUUCCCACAAUUAUUUUACUUUUCGAUUUUUACAGCAUUUUGGGGAUCUCCACAUCUCUUAACUAAUGGUAUUAUUACACAUUUUUUCAAAUGGUCAUUAGGAAGUAAAUGGGCAUGUUUUCGUACAUGUGUAAUUAUAAUUAUUAUGGAGCUAAUUAUACAUUAUAAUACAAAAGAACAUCCAUUUCUUAUGUCAGAUAAUAGACAUUAUACAUUUUAUAUAUGGAGGAGACUUAUUAAAGUUCACCCAGUUGCAAAAUAUAUAGCGGCACCAUUUUACUAUGCUAGUAUGUGGGCUGUUUUAAAUAAAUUAAUGUUUUAUCAUAAAAUUUCUUAUAUUCUAUUAUUUACAAUUGCUACAACUUUAGUUUUGGGCUUUGUAUCAUUACUAGAAUUCCGAUAUUUUAUAACACCAUAUCUUUUAUGGAGAUUUAGUAUUCGAACUUCCCAUAAGUUAAGAUUAUAUGCAGAAGCAUUUUUAUUUUUGUAUAUUAAUUAUAUUACAACAAAUAUAUUUUUAUAUAAGCCUUUUAUUUGGGAAUCCGAACCUGGAAGCUUUCAAAGAUUUAUGUGGUAA